CGUACACGCGACAAUCUUCCAAUUCAUCUCCUUUCGGAGGUGUUGCUUUGCUGUCUCUCACGCGUAUAUCCCCACUAAGUGGCUAUAAGCCACCGCAAUAUAGUUUUGACAAUUCGACAUGUUGUAAGCCAGUUGUACACCAGUGGCGAAGUGCUAUAAAGUCCUGGACGACAGCCUCUAUAAGGACGCACGAUUGCGCAAAUCCUGGGCAGGGAGGACACCAGCUGACUUAAUUUUCUAUCAUGCGCUAUCACUAAUAUUUCUGGAAAAACCCAAGCGAAUGACGAUAAACAUUCGACAAAUAUUUUACUGUUUGUGAAGUUAUUACUGAACAGUAAGGCACGCCACUGCAGUUUUAUACAAGCCAUUUGAUAUUUAACACCUGUGUGCAUUUUUUUCUACUUAUAUCUGACAAGGAGACUGAGAUUCAACUUGAUCUUAGUUCAAAGUGUAAGAGUCAUCGUAGAUAAGCAUUAAGAUUGUUCUUACCUCGUUCAUACACAAUAGUCAUGAGCUGAUUAUCAAUCAAAGAGAUUUUAUUCAGUGUACCACCAAAAAAUAUGCUUUUGUCAAUCAAGAUGAUAAUGCACUACUAUUUUCACUAUUCCAUUUUUGAAUCCAAUAUACAAUAGCACUGUUAGAAGCAACUUCCAGAUUUUUCGUCUUAUCUCUUAGAAUUUUGGUUAUGGGUAGAGAAUAAAAACAUUACAUUCAGCAAUCAGAUGCAAAUCAUAUAAGAUAUAUACAAUACAAUGUCUUCUGUAAACAGUGUUGAAUCUUUGGGAACAUUACAGUGGGAUAUGAUUGAAUUAGCUGGCCAUCUUCGCCAAGAAAGAUUAUUUGUGAAUUCAGAACAAUUAAAUUUGCAAUCUUUGAAUGAAAAAGUACUUCACUUAUCAUCAGAAUUAUCACAACAAGCAUGGAUUACCGCUCAACAAAGAGUGAAUUUAAACAGAUUGAUAGUGGCCAGGCCAGACUGUACUCCAGCUUCUUGCUGUCAAAGAGCAAAUACUUUAGAAAAUUCUAGAUUUACUGAUGCAUUUAAGCAAUUACGUUACCAAUCUUGCAUAGCAUAUGGAGAAUUCCUGUCUACUCUUAGAUCAUUACCAAAACUUCUUGCUUCAUGUUUAGUCGAAGGGGACAAAAUUGUGCCAGAGAUGAUGCAAAAUGUUGUACAGUCAUUGGCAAGUGGAUUGUAUGGUAGUUGUUUGUUAUCAGAGGAUAAAAUUUUAGUAUUAAAACUAUUAAGACAUUUAAUGUUUCUACAAGUUGUUCCGUCAGACAAUCCUAGAAGAUUAUUAAGGCAUGGUACCUGUGCUUUCUCAAGAUUUUAUUCUGUAUUUCAUGAAAGUCUUUUUUCUGCCAAGUUAUUCUUAACUGCUGCUUUGAAUGGUCCAAUAAUGCAAUUACUUAUGGAAGACGAAAUGUUUCUUGAUAUUGAUCCAGAUAAAGCACCAAUAAGAUUCCCUCCCAGCGAAAGAUUGAAAAAAUUUGGUAAAGAAGGUACUGCAGAGUAUCAAACGAAAUUACAACGGUAUAGGCAGUGGACAGUGAGUUCAUUAGUGCGCAUAACUCAAAGAUUUAUCAUCAGCAUCCGCGAGAAUAUGCACUGCUUUCCGACGUGCGUUUGCUGGUUGGUACGCCAAAUGGCUGGAUUGCUUAACAAAAACGGCAAUGUCGAUCCUAAAGAAAUUCAUGCUAUGUGCACUGACCUUGUGUUCACUUACUUCAUCUGUCCCGCAAUUGUUAAUCCAGAACCCUAUGGGAUCACUGACGCCCCUAUCAGUUACGUUGCCCGAUUUAAUUUGAUACAAGUUGGUCAGAUUCUGCAGAUGCUUUCGUUAAUCAAAUAUCAAAGCCCGGAUCCUAAGACAAUGGAUCUUUAUCGUAAAUUCGAGAAAGACUCAGUAUCAUCCAUGUUGGAUGUAAUAUUAGACGGCGCGAUGGACGAUUUGGAGGAAGAACCAAGCAUAAUUGACGCAAACAAGUUGCAAGGUCUGUCGAGAUCAGCAGCUCUGUUCACGGAAAGCGAGCUUAACAAUUUGGUCACGUUCCUACAGUCUGUCAACAGUGUAGCUGCUGCUAACUUAACCUCCAGGGAAGAAGUUGGUAGCAGUAAUGACGUUAUGCCUCCAGUAGAGGUAGCCUUUGAUUAUAAGCAACUUGGCGAAAUGCUACAGCAAUUGCCUUCAAGUGUUUUUAACGCUAGCAAAACAACGAAUAACGUUUCGCCUGAAACACCCAACAAGCGGAGUGGUUUACUUGGCAAAGUUAAUCGAGGACGAGGAAUCAGGGUCCACGGAAACAAUUCCGUAUCUGAUGCGGGUGAUGACGUAAAUGGAGCCUCAGGGCCGGAAGACGAUAUGUCUGAUAAAACUCCGCUGGAAGUUCUGAUAAUACCUUUUGAGCAUGGCACCGGGGAAUCUGUUGGACUAUUAAGCGAACAAAAAGUUUUAUGCAUGCACAAUAACAUCAGUAAUCGAUCAAUGACAAUAAAUUUUACUGAAAGAUUGAGCAAUGAUCAUAACCGUAGCCGAGAGACUAACGGUGAUAGAAUAGAGACUCAAGAAAAACGAACUCGCUUUUCUUUAUCUCAUGAUGAAGGAAAUUUAUUUUUAGUACUCUUUGAAGGAUCAAUCGGCAAUACGUCAGAUAAUUUGGAAGCCGUGUCCGAAGCAGCAUCAAAUCACAGUGUAGCAUCAUCGUUAGAAAUGGAAAAUGAAGAUCAAAAUGAUAAUCUCUCAGACAUGAUCUCUGCAAAUGUUUCUGGUCGAGGAACACCAAAUAUUUCAGGUCGAGAUACUCCGUCGUCACAGAUAACCGAAGGUGACGAAGGUAGAAAUGGCGUGGACAAUCGACAGCUUGAUCUUACACCGCCAACGAUCUCCAAUAAACAACAACAGAGUCGAUCCGAGAUCGAUGAUAAAUUUUGCAAGUUCGAAAUCAAAAAGCUUAUGGAGGGUGAUGAAACGAUAUCUUUAGUUUCGGACACAUGGUCAACGGACGUUUUGGCAUCUGACAGUGAAUUCGUGGAACAACAAGAACGUUUUUUAGUCUUACCACCCGUGGAACAGCCACCACCACUUAUCUCAGAGCCUCCACAGACAAAUCAUGAUGUUAGCGAAACGGCUUCGGAAGCUUGGAGUACUGACGUAUUGGCAAGUGAUUCUGAGAGAAUGACUGAGGUUGAUACAGAUGACACUGCAAGUGUUGCAAGAUCUGACGACACGGCGAGAUCAGAAAUCGAAAGUCGCGGAGAACCAGAAGGUGGAGAGGAUACACCACCACCAGUUAAUCAAAUAUCAGAAAACUCAACGCAAUUUUUCCAGCCACGUGACGAUGCCUUACCACGUUCAAUAGUAACAGUACCGUCCUCGCCAACAACGCCACUUUCUCCAUCGAAUGUAAUUGGUUGCGGUGGGGCCAAAUCAGAUUACACACGUAGCACAGUGGAGUAUGUGGACAAUAAUGCCAACAGUAUUAGCAAUGCCUCGUUUGUGAAGUCGACAGUCGAAGACGGAUUAGUCCAUUUGAUUAAUAAUCUGCAGAUUGGGAUGAAAACCGCUGGAAACAGACCAGAUUCUGAUGUAGCCAAUGCUGAUACAGAUGGGUCAGCUUUGCUGUUAGCUAGUCAUAUGAAUGCGCCAGCCUUGAUGCUAGCUAAUCUUAUGAAUGAACCAACUGUGACUAGUCAGAAGCUACCUAAUGGCGAUGUCAAAACAGGACUUGGAGAAUUAACGAGCAACGGUGAUAUAGUAGUACGUCUCAGUACCGCUUCUCUUACCUCGAGCAGCAGUUCAGGUUCAGAGCCUCGAAUAGUCAAAACCACCAAUCAAUCUUCCGAGAUAAACUCCCAAUUGACAAAUAACAGAACAAGCAAUUGUAAUAGCUCUAACGAUGUAGCAGACAGUGCGAUCAGUAGUCCGAAACCUUCGAGCUCCACGGGUGCUAUACCCAAGAGCAUCAGUUUCGAUAUGACUGCUGAACGCGGUGACAAAGAGAUGCUUGAUGAUGAUCAAAAGGGCAAACGUGGUUUUUUCGGUAAAUUGAAAUUAUCGUUGAGAAACCGUAGAGGAAAAUCUAUUAGACAUCCUGAGUACGAGAGAGGACUUUCGGAUGCUGGCAACGAUGUGAGUACUGGAGAAGGAAGGCACAGGCUGAGGAGAAUUAUGUCCGAGGAUGUUACUUCUACUUGUAGUACAAAUAGUGAUACUACGGAUGAUAUAUUAGCAAAGUACCGAAGGAAACCGAGUGCCAACAGCGAUACAGCAUCAGUCGAGAGUACACAAUCGCGAACUAAAGAAGUGGAGGAUGAGAGGCUUUUUAUCGAUCCCAACAAUGUCGAGAUGUCUUUUGCCUUCGCCGAUGCCAAGAGGAAACUGCGAAUGGUUUUAAGUACCGCGGAUCUACAGCACGUUCCAUGGACAAACGUCUCCGAGAUGAUGUUUUCCGCGCAGCGAAAUUCAUGGAUACAGAAGGAAAAUGAAUUAGUAGCUUUCUUACAACUUCAAUUGGCUGAGGCAAUAAAUCUACAAGAUCGAGCGUUGAUCGCUCACCUACAUGAGACUCUACGCUGCGUUAGAUUAUUCAACGAAGAUGGUUGUAGAAAACUAUUCAAGUCUCUUGGUGAAGAUUAUCAAAAACGUUCACCUUAUAUCGCCUACUUGAUUAGGUGUCGACAGGGUUUGCUGUCUACUAUCGCACAUCUGGAAAGACUAGGAGAACGAGUAAAGUGUGAUCGCGAAGCUGUGAAUAGUCAUUUAGUGUUGGUGUGCGUUAGAGUGUUUUUAGAGAAGCGAGAAAUGCAUCUUCAGAGGUUCAUCGAGGAAUUCAAAAAAUUGACUGUGGCAGACGAGAAACAAGAUCUAGUGAACAACUUCUUGAACAGAUUGCACACGGAAAUGGAAAAUGAUCCGAUCUGGCAAGUUGCAAGUAACAACCAAAUAGAUCUGGCAAGAACAAUAGUGGAACGAACGUUGAUGGCGACAGUCUAUCAAAAUGCAAUGUAUCCAAACGGCGACGGUGAUCUUCAUAGAGACCACGUAUUCUACGAGCACAUUCGCAAGCUUGCUAAAAUCGUCACUCCAAACCACAAAGAUUUGCGCAUCCCAAAGAUCUAUCAUUACGAGUGUCCUUGGCCGUGGGCGCAAGCGGAAUUGACAGUAAUUUCCGCUUAUAAGACGCCUCGCGAUAAGUUGCAGUGUGUUUUCCGUUGUGCUACUACCAUCAUGAAUUUAUUAUCGAUGGCUUCCGAACGUGGAAUUCCUGCUGCUGAUGAUCUUAUUCCUGUGCUCGUUUAUGUCAUCAUCAAGACUAAUCCACCGGCGCUUUUGUCCACUAUACAAUACGUCAACAGCUUCUACGGAAACAGACUCGAAGGCGAGGAGCAGUAUUGGUGGACACAAUUUUGCUCAGCGAUCGAGUUCAUCAAGACCAUGGAAUAAUAAUAUUUUUCAUAUGCAUAAUUAUGUUUAUAUACAUAAUUAUAAUUAACAUUACCAAUUAUUACCAUAGCUAUUUUGUGAAAAAGGUCGAAGCACUUGUAUUGAUGCAAAGUAUGAUGAUCAUAUUGGAAGGGAGUAUUAUAUUAUAUUAUAUAUAUAUAUAUAUAUAUAUGGAUAAGCCCCUAUUGUUCCCUCAGGCGCACCCAUAUUUGCCCCUUUUGCCAUUUUUUGCUCCUCCUGUUGCCCCUUUUUUUUAAUUAUGUAAUAAAAGUUUAAUGCAUUCAUUACUGAUAGUAUAAGCGGGAUCAAGUAGGUUGGAUAGCACCACCAAUCUGCUAUACAGCAGUCACGUAUCAUCGACGCCGUUCAGGGAUGGUCUUAACAUACUGUACUGAUGUUAAGACGUUAUAAUAAAUCUAAUACCAUUCAAUUUAGAGUGAUAGUACUACUACUACAAAGGUAUCCUAAUUUCCCGAUUAGUAAUUUUUAUACGAUAAUUGUUCGGAAUUGAUGGUUGUUUCAAAAAUAUAUUGAUAUAAUUGUAUAAUAAUGGGAAUAUGUUUAGAAAUUUUAAUAUUAGUUUAUUGAGUAUUAUCGAAAUAUAUUUUUCAAAAGUAUUGAGAUCAAAACAGUUCUCUUAUACCAGUGCUACUAAAAGUGAUAAAUAGUAAAUAGUAAACCGUGAAUUACUAAAACACCAGAUUUUGAAUAUAUAGACAUAGUGCAAUGUUAAUUUUUAAAUUCAUUUUUUACGACAACCGUUUUUUGAGAUUCCAACGCCCUCAUAUGCAAAUUUUUUACAAACAAUUCGUUUGAAUACUUCAUUCUUAUUAGUUAAUUUUCAUAAAAGAUAAAAGCUCAUAUUUAGUAGUUUGUGCGGUGUCUUAUUAAUACUUUGAAACUUAAAAUAAUAAAUAAAAGCAUAUUCAGAUCCAUUACUAACCAAUAUAUAAUAUAAUAUAAAAUUAGUGUUGGUCAGUUUUUGUAAUGCUUAUUUGUCAAACGGGGGGUUCGCGCGCUAAGCGCGCGGGGGGCAGAGCCCCCUAUUAUAUGUGUGUGUAUGUAUACACACACACGUACAUAUAUACAUAUACAUAUAUAUAAUAUGAAAAAUUGUUUUUAAUACGUUUUAAAAGAUAUAUACAAAAUUUUGUAAUUUAAAAAUUAUUUACAGAGAAGAAGAAAAAAUGUGUUGUUUUUAUUUUAUUUGUUUUCUUUGUUUAAUGAUUCUAUAAUAAUAUAAUGUUCAAAGUAAAUAAAGAAUUAUUAAAGUAAAAAUUAAGUUAAGAAAAUCAACCAAACAUUCAACGAUUCUAUACGUAUGCGGCGAAAGAAAAUAAAAAUAUGAAUAUUGUAAUUAAAUAGUGAUAUGUAGAAAAGGCAACAGGGAAAGAAUUUAUGUAAUUAAAUUUAAAAAUAAUAGAUAAGUUGCAGUUAAUUUAAUAUCAAUACUAAUGUAAUAAAUAGCUUGUGCAUAGUAUUCCUCACGUUGGACAACUGAGAAGAAAAAUGGAAUUUCUAUUCCACACGAAAAAUAAAUAAAAAAAAGGGUGAUUAUAUUUUCUUGUAUAGCCCUUUAAUGAUCUUACAAUAUUAUAAAAGAAAAAAAUUUUAAGCAAUAAUAAAAUAAGAAACAA